UGGGCUGGGGGGGGGGGGCAGGGAUCUACCUCCCCCUCCUGCUGAGAUGGUCUCCCGCUUGCCUGUCGAGAGACCCUCACAAGCUGUGACCCAGAUUCCCUGCACAUGCUCGCCCGGCUGUGCUCGGCCACGUGCUGCUGGUUAAUUUCACAACCCCCCAGGCCAGACUGAAGCAUGGGUGGGUGCAGCUCAUCCCACGUGACGCUGGUCGGGGUUAACCCAGGUACCCUGGGGAAACUGCCACCCCAUCUCCCUCCACUUCCAGCCUGGUCUGCACCCUCCUGCCCCCCGUCCCCAGUGGAAGUUCUCCCAAAACUCCACUCUGGGCUGCCCCGAGCCCCCAUGUCCCUUUUCCCGCUGCAGCCUGGCGAUUUACACAGCCCACCUUGCUCCCGCCAGAGCGGCCAGUCUCAUGUCUUCAGGAUCCGUGCAGUGUCCCCCGACCCGCUGCCUCUGCAACCGUGCGCCCCAGAAUCCUGGCUUCCCCUCAGUUCAGCCCGCCGCCCCUUAUACAAAGCACAAACCAAGCUGGAGUUUUUUGAAAAAAGGCCCAAGGUGAAGAGUCUGCUAAAAGCCAGGGGGAAGGCUUUGAAAACAAGCUUCUGGGCAAAAGGAAAACAGAUUUGGCAGUUGCGGGCCUGCCCUUAUUAACAGUCCCUUUCCUGGCUGAUCAGGGAUCCCCUUGUCGACAGCCCUUGGCCACCUUCCAUGAGACACUUCUGCUGGCAGAGGAUCACCGUAAUGGAGCACGUCUGUGCCCUUUUUCCUCCUCCGCCAGGCGCUGACUUUUAGCCUCCUUUCAGCAUCAGGGCGAUUCGCGAAUGUCCUGGGGCUCUGAGGCUCCCCCGUUCAGAGUCCAUUCUUGGGUGCUCUCAGGCCAGCCCUGGCUCCAGACUGCAAGCACAGGGCCGGGCGGGCUGGGAAAAGGCAGAUAGAUCGUAUGCUUGGCUGGGGUUAGCUGUGACCCUCAGUUUCAGCAGUUUCAGAAGGGAAUAGUCUACCUGUUACCUCCCGCUGAAAAUAUGUCCUGUACAAACAUCUCGCUUUGCUCCUCCCUCACCUUGGGGAACUAACGUACCUGCCUGCGCAUAUCGGUGUCAGUCCCCGUCGUCCCGUUCGGGCCACUCAGCCCUGUUCCAAACAUCCUUCAUCAAGCAUCACUGCUCCCAAAAGGGAGGCAAAUCUGAGCCCCCUCGGCUUUCCCAAGCAGGGAAAAGCAGCGACUGGGGCAAAGCAGAGCUCAGGCGAUUCCCCAGAGCCACACUGCAGCCAGCUGAGACCUGCUCCCCCCAGCACAGCAGCAUCUCCCAUGUGUGGAUCGACCUGACCCCCUGGGCAGAGUUGGUGCAGCGGCGACAGUGCCUCUGGCUGGCUCCACCAGCAGGGAUUGAACCCACAACCUUUGCAGCUGGCUCCUUCCUGUUUGUCACCUCGGCCAGGUGGUUUUUGCUUAUGUUGCUGGGCAAACAGACUUGCUUCUCCCUCGGUCUGAAGCUGUCUGGCGACCCCGCUGGACAACACUUCUGCCUUCGAGGCACUUUUGGGAAGGAAACGGCUCCUCCUCCCACCUCUCCCGAAAGGGCCUGGAUCCGGGGCAUCCCAGGAUGCGUCUGGUGCAGAAGUCCCUGUGCCUGCUGCUGGUGGUCACCGCAUCCCUGGCCCUGCUGUACCUGCACGUCUGGUCGCCCAAGCCCUACAGCACGGUCGACCUGCGCAACCGGCCAGACCGAGCCCCCGAGCAGCUGCUGGGCGAGCCCUUGCUGGGCCCCUCCAACAAGUUCGCCCACAUCCCCUUCCGGCUCAAGGAGGAGAUCGUCGAGCUACUGCCCAGGAAUUCGUGCUCGUGUGAGGUGGCGUCCGGCGGGAAGCUGCCCUUCCCCAAGCAGCUCUUCAGCCAGCUCUACUCGCUGGAGUUCGCCGCGGCCUUCGGCCCCGCGGAGCUGGCGCAGAUCCACAGCAGCCGGGAGCUGGAGUACCAGAGCUACCGGCAGCGGACCCAGUCUCCAGCUGAGCAGCUGCUGAUCGUCAGAGCCAACUCCCCGCUGGAGUACCCCGCCCAGGGCGUGGAGGUGCGCCCACUCCGGACCAUCCUCAUCCCAGGGCUCAGCUUGCAGGCAGCCAGCAGUAAGCUGUACAAGGUGACCCUGACAGCCACCCUGGGCACCUUCGACGUGGCAGCAGUGGUGGAGGCAGUAAAGGCGCAGGGCGAGGGGGAGACACGUCUUUCGCUGUCGGCCACCCAGCUGGACAACCUCAACCGCCAGCUGCAGUUCAUCACCUAUACCAACACGCUUUUCCACCCCAACACCGCGGACACAGUGCAGUUUGCCACCGAUGGGCACCAGGCGUCUUUCACCAUCCGAAUCCGCCACGCGCCCACGCCCAAGCUGUAUAACCCGGGCACCCCAGGCGACGGCGGAGAUUACAACAUCAGCGCCCUGGUCACCAUCGCUACCAAGACCUUCCUGCGGUAUGACAAGCUGCGGGCGCUGAUCGCCAGCAUCCGCCGCUUCUACCCCACGGUGACCAUCAUCAUCGCGGAUGACAGCCAGCACCCCGAGCCCGUGGGGGGGCCCCACAUAGAGCAGUACUUCAUGCCCUUCGGCAAGGGCUGGUUCGCGGGGCGCAAUCUGGCCAUUUCCCAGGUCACCACCAAGUACGUGCUGUGGGUGGACGAUGACUUCAUCUUCACGCCCCGCACCAGGAUGGAGAAGCUGGUGGACGUGCUGGAGAAAACCAGCCUGGACCUGGUGGGGGGCGGAGUGCGGGAGAUCACGGGGGUCACCACCACCUACCGGCAGAAGAUCAGCGUGCAGAUGGGGGGCGAGGAGGGUGACUGCCUGCAGACACGCCAGGGCUACCACCACCUCCUCGAGGGCUUCCCCGGCUGCGUGGUCACCGACGGCGUUGUCAACUUCUUCCUGGCCCGCACAGCCAAGGUGCUGGAGGUGGGGUUUGACCCCCGGCUCAGCCGCGUCGCCCACCUCGAGUUCUUCAUCGACGGGCUGGGCGUGCUGCACGUGGGCUCGUGCGCCGAUGUGGUGGUGGAUCACGCCUCCAAGAUCAAGCUGCCCUGGCAGAAGUCGGAGAGCGAGAAGCAGUACGCCAAGUUCCGCUACCCCACCUCGGGCGACAGCAGCAUCAGCGUCAAACACGGCCUCUUCUACUUCAAAAACCGCUUCAAGUGUAUGACAAGCAACUAGCCACACCGGGCUACCAGCCCCACCCUGCCAGCGAGCCGGACCCCAGGGAGAGCCCCCCUCCAGAGCUGGGGCUUUUUAUCCUUGUACGAGGCCAGGGAGCUGACCCCUGCUACCCCAGCUCUCCAGUGCCUCCAGCCCCAGUGCCAUCCCUACGCCCUGUUGUCUCCAUGGGGGGGCGGG